CCGCCUCCUGAGUGCAGGACUGAGGCCAAAAGUUGUGACAUGUGACCAAGGAAGCCAGAAUAUCUCUCUACUGGGGAAGCUGGUUACAACUGCGAAGCCGUAUCUCACUAUUGGUGAUGAGAAGCUGUUGUUCAUAUUUGAUCCACCCCACCUGCUGAAAUGCCUUCGCAACAUGCUGUUAAAGUAUGACUUCCAGGUUGGCAACCACAUCAUAAGGGCGCAGCAUAUCCGGGAUGCUUUUGCCAUUGACAAACAGCUUGAAAUACGGUCCAUGCCACGGCUAACUGAUGGGCACUUCAAUUUAACGUUCAGCUCAAAAAUGAAGGUCAAACUGGCUGCACAUAUCUUCAGCAACCAUGUUGCAGCCUCAAUGUUCACCUUAUCCACUUUCCACCAGCUACCACCUGAGGCCAUCCACACAGCCAGAUUUGUUGAGCGCGUCGACCGUCUCUUCGACACUCUUAAUAGUAGCCACCUGCAUGGCAAGACAAAAUAUUCUUCGGCAAUACAACAGGGGUCUGCUCACAAGGACUUCUUGCUGGAGUGCCUGUCCGAGUUUGAGAAGAUUACAGUCCUUGGAUGCAAGAGACCACCCCCGUGUAUCCGUGGCUUCUGCUUGACCAUGACUUCCGUGCUUCAGCUCAGCGAAGACCUGCGAAACUAUGGCAUACAGUACCUCCUCACUCGAAGGCUGAACCAGGAUGCACUCGAAAACACCUUCUGCAUAAUUAGGACAAAGUGUGGAAGCAACCCUGACUCCAGCUGCAUUCAGUUCCAGGCAGCAGUAAGGCAUCUGCUACUCGGACAACUUUUUAAGACUACGCAGGGCUCAAACUGUGCUGAAGACGUGGACUCCCUCCUGGCGGCAAUACCUAUUGGUCCUAACUACAUGAGCAGACUUGGAUGUUCUGCUGUCACGCACAUUACUGACGAUGUCAUCGUGGCACCCAGUGAGUCGCCAUCACCGCUAGGGUCCAACAGCACAACAUUCUUUGCAGGGUGGCUUGGUGCAAAAUUUCUCUCUGCUCACACUUGCCCCUCUGAGCAGAAAUGCAAACUGCUGGAAGACAAUGCCACAUUUCAGGACAGUACCCAGCUAUUACUUUAUUUGAGUGUAAAGAAUGUGGACAAUACUGACUUUGGAAAGCUGUCAGUUCCUCUUCCUGCCUUUGCGACGUUUGUGGGUGCGUGCGAGGAGGCCUUCAAAGCAAACGUCAAGACAUUCUUCACCUCCCAAGGGGUCAGGUCCAAGCUGUGUGAAGUGUUGGACACACUUGUGCCAAAAACAUUGAGUUUAUGUUCUUCAUCAGUGUAUGAUGAUUUAUUUCACUUUUUUCUCAGGGUGAGACUGUUCUGCUUUGCACGGCAUAGGAAUGAGGAAGUACGAAAUAGUACGUUACGUCAAAAGGCACUGCAGCAGGCAGUGAGACUAAGUUCAUAA